AUGGCGGCAACGUGGGCGCUGAAACUCGAACAGCAGCUGCGCGUGCCGACAAGCGCCAGCGUGGCGGCGGCCAGCCGCUCAGCUACAUCCUGCACCGCCGUGCUGGCUGCGGCAGCCGCCGCCUCGGGCGACGCGCAGGUGGUGCUGACGCGGGCGCAGGGCAAAAAUGGCAAGCUGCGCAGGGUGCUGGAGGGGCGUGGCAUCGCCUGCUUUGAGCUGCCCAUGCUGGAGACAGCGGCGGGUCCUGAUCGCGACCGCCUGCCCAAGGCCAACGCCGAGCACUUUGGCCCGGAGCUGCCGUUCCUGGAGGGCGGCACCAAGCGAGUGCUGUACCCAGCGUCAAACAAGGCCAGCUCAGAGCUGCAGUCGGACCUGGCCGCGCGCGGCUUUGACAUGGUGUGCCUCAACAUAUACGAAACGGUACCGGUGACCCGCCUGGACGAGCGCCAGCUGGCGGCCGCCAGGCGGGCGGCGGUCGUCACCGUGGGCUCCCCCUCCGCCAUGCUUGUGUGGGCUUAA